UGCGGAAUUCCCCCAACACUCCGGGGCUUUCCAGCUGACUGAUAGACCGUAUGCGAUCAUAACAGUCUAACUAACCAGAUACAUUGGAUACAAUCAACGGUUGACUCGAUGGAGAAAUACAUGGAACAGAAAUGCAUGGAGCAAAUCCCGGAUUUCAGCUGACACUGAAGUGAACACCACUGUGUGCAGUGUGCUUUUGAGGGUACGCCGUGACAUUCUACAAUCGGUUUGAUCGACUACAACAGCAGCUGUUGUGCUGUCUUGUUCAUUGCGUAGAGGUGGAUCAAGUUCAAGGAGUUCAAAGGGAGGUGACAGUGAGCCUGAAAUAUCAUCAUCAUCAUCAUCAUCUAUGAUCCACUGAGGGGCAUCAUGUCUGGAGCACUGAGAAUGGAUGAAGCUCAGUACAGCAUGAAAAUGAUUGAAAAUGAGCUGAUGAUGAAUUUGUCCUAUGAGUUCAUGCCCCCUGUGGAUGUCAAGAUCGAGCCCUAUGUACCGGAGACCGCUCAUGGACCCUACAUUCAGAUCAUUGAGGAGCCCAAACAGAGAGGCUUCAGAUUCCGCUAUGAGUGUGAGGGUCCGUCCCACGGUGGGCUCCCAGGGGCCUCAAGCGAGAGGAACAGGAGGACCUAUCCAACUGUCAAGGUGUCUAACUAUGUGGGGAUUGCCAGGGUGGAGGUGCAGCUCGUGACCCACUCAGACCCCCCCCAGGUCCACGCUCACAGUCUGGUGGGGAGGCAGUGCUGCACGGAGAGUGGCAUAUGCAGUAUGGAUGUGGGCCCAAACGACCUCACAGCACAGUUCAGUAACCUGGGCAUCCUUCAUGUCACUAAGAGAGGGGUGGGGGAAGUGUUGUGCAAGAGACUGAGAGAUGAGAAGAGGAGGCAAGGGGGGCAGCACUAUCAUUUUACUGAUGCAGAAGAACAAGCCAUAGGGAGAGAAGCCAAGGAGCUUGGGAAGAUCAUGGACCUGAACAUAGUGAGGUUAAAGUUCACUGCCUACCUCCAGGACAGUAACGGCGGGUUCUCUAGGGCCCUGAAGCCGGUGGUCUCCAACCCCAUCUAUGACAGCAAGUCACCCAAUGCCUCGAACCUGAAGAUCUCCCGUAUGGAUAAGACCAGUGGGUCUGUGCUGGGAGGAGAUGAGAUCUUCCUAUUGUGUGACAAAGUACAGAAAGAUGACAUUGAGAUCCGCUUUUAUGAAGAGGAUGAUGGAAGCUGGGAGGCCUUUGGUGAUUUCUCUCCAACUGAUGUCCACAAGCAGUACGCCAUUGUGUUUAAGACGCCGCCGUACCACAGCGCCGAGAUCGAGCGUCAAGUCACUGUAUUCCUCCAGUUGAAAAGGAAGAAAGGUGGCGACUGCAGCGACCCCAAGCAGUUUACCUACGUUCCCCGAGUUCAAGAUAAAGAGGAGGUGCAGCGUAAAAAGCAGAAGCCCUUCUCCUAUAAUGACCAAUGGAGAGGACCUCUGGGAGGGGCUGGGGGUGCAGGGAGAGGGGCCGGAGGAUUCGGAGGCGGAGCCGGUGGCGGCUUCCAGUUUAACCAGCAGAUGAAUGGAACGGGGUGGAUGGGGGGUGGAUUCUCUGGUUUUGGGGGCGGUGGAGCCCAGAUGUCAGGCACCACUGCCCAGGCUGAGGGGACCCAGCAACAACAGGCAGGAGGGAUGGCUAGACAGACGCCAGGACAGACAUCCCCACCACUACAACAGCAGCUCUUCCAGAUUGCUGCCACUCUCCAGAGCAGGGCCACUCAGAUGAGCAAGCAGACAGCUGGGGCUCUACUACAGUACUGCACCACUGGGGACGUCCGGGUCCUUCUGGCAAUGCAGAGACACCUAUGUGGGGUCCAGGAUAAAAACGGAGACACGCCUUUGCACCUGGCCAUCAUUCACCAGCAAUCAGCUGUCACCCAGCAGCUGGUUCAUACACUCCUCACCAUCCAGCAACACAAAGUCCUCAACAAGCUCAACCACCUCGGCCAGACUCCUCUCCAUCUGGCGGUGAUCACCAGGCAGGUUAAGGUGGUGGAUGUUCUCCUCCGGGCCGGAGCAGACCCCACCCUGCUGGACCGGGACGGCCGGACCGCCCUGCACCUGGCAGCGCUGGCCGGGGACGACGUCACACUCCGGGUCCUGCUGGGCCACCUAGGAGAACGCUACCUCCACCUGGUCAACAUGGCCGACUAUCAUGGUCUCCAUCCUCUCCACCUGGCUGUUUGUAAGGGAGGAGAGCGCUGUCUGCGUCUGCUGGUGGAGGGCGGGGCGAAGAUCAACGCCCCGGAGCAGAAGAGUGGAUGCUCCGCCCUCCACCUGGCUGUUAGAGAGAACUACUUCAAAGUGGCCUGCACUCUCAUCACAGAGCUGAAAGCAGAUGUAAACAUGUGUACGUUUGGAGGGAACACUCCUCUCCAUCUGGCCGCCAGUCGCAGCUCCCCCCCUCUCUGCUCCAUGCUCAUUGCUGCAGGAGCCGACAAGAAUCUGGAGAAUGACGAGCCGCUCUUCUUCAGCUCCUCCUCGUCAGAUGAGGAGCAAGAGGAUGGACCAGUAAGAGAUUUCAGAGAGCCGGCGAUCCAACCGCUACCGAACACAACACCACUUUCAGAAGGAGAACAAGUCAACCCUCGUAAGAGGUCAGCAACAGGACAUACACCCUUUGACCUGGCUAAAUGUCAUAAGGUGAGAAACCUUCUAGACACCAGACCGAGUCCCAAGCCCAGUCAACAAUCAAGUAAAAAGCCUAAACCGAGCAGCAUGGAAGAAAGAGGGCAGCUAGACAGUGAGACGCUAAGUAAGCUGUGUGAGCUCCUCAGUCUGAACGAUGUGCCCUGGAGACAGCUGGCAGAGAAACUCAACAUGCUCUCACUGGCACACCUAUAUCAGGAGAGUCCCUUGCCCUGUCACAACUUGCUGGAGAAUUACCAGUUGGGUGGAGGUCCAGUGGAAGGCCUGGUGGAAGCUCUACAGUCUCUGGGUCUGACUGAAGGAGUGAGACUGCUGAGACAGGCUGAGCUGAGAGAGGACAAACAAAACACAGAUCAGACAGUGGACAGUGGCUUUGCUAGUCAGCCAAUGGAGGAGGAGAUGGAGCCAGCCUUGGCCAACCAGUGAGCAGUAGGAAGGGUGAGGGGUAAGACCCUCGUGUGACGGAGGUUUCACCCCAACGUUUCAUCAUGGAGAUAUGACUAACUCUGUUCAGCACGCAUAUUGGGAAUCUGAUGUCAUACCCAAGCCUCGACUGAUAAAUGCAGAAUUCUCUCUCUGCCAUGACUGACAGUCAACCAGUUUGAAUUUUCUUAACGAGCUGAAGGGAAGAAAAUCUCAAUGUACAAUUUUAAGUGGCGUUAUAUCUUGUUCCGUUAUUUCUGAUGGUGACUGAAAGGUUGUUUUUGUUUUUUUAUGGUCCAUUUGUGCCUUCCAAAAAGUCCCAGUAUAAAUGAAAAUUGUGCAACAUCAAAUUGAUCAAUGGAAUUAUCAAUUUAACUCAUAUUUAUUGGCUGACAAUCUUACUAAUACUGUGUAUUCAUUUGGUUUAACAUUCAACCAAAUAUAAUUAUACAGCCUUAUUUCAAAUGUAUGUGGAAGGUUUGCUAUGUAACGUUUUGAAAACUUGUCAAUGUUGAAUCAAAUACAUUUUUUUUUCUGACAUGGA